AUGGCUGAGAAGGCGACAUUACCCGAACCCGAAAAUGCAGCCGAUAAUGUACAAGCCGUGUCAACGGUCGCGGAACAAGGCCAGUCAAACCAAUCGAGCGACGAUGGAGCCAAGCGGAGAAUUAAUGGGGGCACGCUGGCAUGGUUGAAUGUAUUGGCCGGGUUCUGCGUUUUUGUGAAUUCUUGGGGAGUUUUGACGACUUUUGGCGCUUUUCAAGAGUACUACCAGACUGAACUGCUGCCGGAUCAAUCGCCCUCUGCGAUUUCCUGGGUGGGCAGCAUUCAAGCAACGUUAAUCCCUAUGGUCGGUCUGGUAUCGGGGCCGUUGGUUGACUCGGGAUAUUUGCGCCCGUUGAUGAUCUCGGGGAGUUUCCUUACAGUCUUUGGAUUAAUGAUGACUAGCCUUGCGACGGAGUACUAUCAGGUUCUUCUAGCGCAAGGCUUCUGCGUCGGCAUGGGCGGUGGAAUUAGCUAUAUCCCAGCGUUGACUAUGGUCUCCACGAGUUUCACCACAAAACGGCCAAUAGCCAUUGGUAUAGCAUCGAUUGGAUCCAGCGUCGGGGCCGUCAUCUUCCCAGUCAUGUUUCGCCAACUGCAGCCCAAGGUUGGGUUCCCCUGGGCAGUCCGGAGCAUUGGUUUCGUGACUCUUCUAAUGGCCAUUGUCGCAUGUGGCAUUCUAUGCCGCCAACCAGUUCUUAAAACACGCGCCCGAAGUCUAAUCGACUGGACUGCUUUCCGAGAUAUUCCUUUUAUGCUUUUCUCAGUCUCGUUGACCUGCGUGAUGCUGGCAUAUUAUGUGCCUAUCUUUUAUGUCGCCUCGUACGCUCGCACCGUGAUCCACACGACAACAAGCCUCUCCUUCUACAUGGUCGCGAUUGUCAAUGGAACAUCCGUGGUCGGUCGCGUUGUUCCUUACCUUCUCGUCGCCUACGUGAAACCAAUUACAAUCGUGGUUCUUGGCGUUAUGGGUUCAGCCAUUGCCAUGUUCACCUGGAUUGCGGUAUCCAAUAUCCCAGGCUUCAUCGUUUGGGCUUGCUACUGGGGUAGCUUAAGUGGUAUUCUUGUGACUGGGCCGACUUCAAUCGUUGCCCACCCAAUCUUUUGUCCGGACGUCAAGCUCACGGGCACUCGUCUGGGCAUGAUGUGGGGAAUAUCUUCUUUCGGGGCGCUGGCAGGAACACCAGUCGCAGGUGCGUUAGUCAACUUGAAUACUGCAGAUUUCCUACAUGCUCAGGUGUUUGCCGGGUGUGUGAUGGUUGGGGCCGUCCUGUUGCAACUAUGGCCUGCCUUUAGGGUGAUGCAAUAUGAUCGAAAUCAUUCACGGAAAUAG